GGCAGAGUUUAUACUCCUCCCUCCAGUCUAAGGGGUGGCCCCGGGAAGCGCUAGGAGGGAGACAAGAGGCAGGUGGUGGGGACUUUGCAUUAUUCAAGUCAAAGGAGAGGGAGGAAAAGGAGAAGGAUGAGGGGGAGGAGCUGGUGCUAGAGCGAGGAACAGAGCGUGAACCCCAAGUCUCAACCCCCACCAGCCCUUAGGCAGCAGCGGCAAGCAGCAGCAGCAGCCCCACCAACAGCUGAAACUGCAGCAGCAGCCGGACCGCGGCUCUGCAGAGUACAGACACCCGAGAGAGAAAGGGAAGGAGGGCGGGGAGCCGUGGGCUCCUCCUCCCACACCAGCCGCGGCCUCUUAGCUGAAGCAGAAGAGCCCCCUCCCUAGCAGCAAUCCCCCCCAGACGGGGGCGGGGGAGAGGAGGAGGAGCAGUGGUGGUGGUGGUGGCGGCGGCGGCGCCGGCGGGUGCAGGAGCUGCAAGGAAGAGAGGAGGCAAUAGCAGCAGCUUUUUCUGGGCCGGCCGCACUCAGCCAUGUCGGCCGGAGGCGUCGGCACCCCCAAAUCCCUGCCCUCCUCCGGGCCCAAGUCCCUCCAGGACAUGCCGCACCCUCUGGCCGGCCCGAGCAGCGAGGAUGUAGCAGGCGGUGAGCUCACCCCCAGCCCGGACCUGCAGCUGCCCCGCAGCAUCGCCGACAAGGACCUCAGUUUGCCUAAUGGUGGAACUCCCGUAGGUACUUCCAGCCCAGCCUCUUCAUCUUCACUUCUCAACAGACUUCAGCUGGAUGAUGAUCUUGAUGGUGAGACCAGAGACCUAUUUGUCACCGUUGAUGAUCCCAAGAAACACGUUUGUACAAUGGAGACCUACAUCACAUAUAGGGUCACUACAAAGACCAGUCGGAUAGAAUUUGACUUGCCAGAAUAUUCGGUUCGACGAAGAUACCAGGAUUUUGACUGGCUGAGGAACAAACUGGAAGAAUCCCAGCCUACCCAUCUCAUUCCCCCUCUUCCGGAGAAAUUUGUGGUAAAAGGAGUUGUGGAUCGCUUUUCUGAAGAGUUUGUAGAGACUAGGAGAAAAGCUUUGGAUAAAUUCUUAAAAAGAAUUGCAGAUCAUCCAGUGCUCUCCUUCAACGAACACUUUAAUGUUUUCCUUACAGCCAAGGAUUUGAAUGCCUACAAAAAACAAGGAAUGGCAUUACUUUCCAAGGUUGGGGAGUCUGUCAAGUAUGUCACUGGAGGCUAUAAGCUGAGAAGUCGACCGCUAGAAUUUGCAGCUAUGGGUGAAUACUUAGAUACGUUUGCCCUAAAACUUGGAACCAUUGAUCGAAUAGCUCAGAGGAUCAUCAAGGAAGAAGUAGAAUACCUUGUAGAACUCAGAGAAUAUGGGCCUGUGUACUCCACCUGGGGAGGACUAGAGGUAGAGCUGGAAGAGCCUCUGGAGGGUGUUUCAGCUUGUAUUGGGAACUGUUGCACUGCUCUGGAAGACCUGACUGAUGACAUGACAGAAGACUUUUUGCCCGUGCUUAGGGAGUACAUUUUGUACUCUGAGUCCAUGAAGAAUGUAUUAAAGAAGAGAGACCAAGUCCAAGGAGAAUAUGAAGCAAAAUUGGAAGCUGUUGCUUUGAAAAAGGAAGAGCGUCCUAAGGUACCAGCCGAUGUUGAGAAGUGUCAGGAUCGAGUGGAAUGUUUCAAUGCUGACCUCAAGGCCGACAUGGAGAGGUGGCAAAACAACAAGAGGCAGGACUUUCGGCAGCUGCUCAUGGGAAUGGCUGACAAAAACAUCCAAUAUUAUGAGAAGUGCCUUACGGCGUGGGAGUCAAUUAUACCGCUGCUACAAGAGAAGCAAGAGACCAAAUAAGUUCCUUCCAGCAAAGAGACCCUUCUGUCUACACCAGUGCACAAUGCCCCUCACUGGGAAGUCCACUUGCUGCACGCUGAUUGGCAAAACACCACCUGGCAGGUGGCAUUUGGAAACCAACUCACUGAAACAUUUGUGGCUUUUUUCUGCCCUUCCCCUCCCCCUCAGUCCUUGACCCCAUUCUUGUUACAUAUUACUAUUUCCUCCCAUUGUGUAUUCCUUAUCUGCUUCCUGGUUGGACCCCGAGUACCUGGUGGAUUCUAUGUAGAUUUCAUCAUCUCUUAUUAAAGGGAGCAUACUUCCACGGCUUGAAGGGACUUACUCAGUGGAAACCUAAGAAGACUUCAGAUGAAGGGAAAAGUGCCACCAUCCCUACAUGUGUAUGUGUAAUGGGAGAGAAUCUGGCUGCUGCUUUGUGAUCCAGAAUGGGAGGAAGACCUUAGCACCUGUACACACAUUCCAUGUUUGCAAUGGAAGUUUCUAUGGGUGUUGGCUUGUCCUAGGUAAAAAGGUGGUGUUGACAUUUCUGCCUAAAGUGUGUGAAGCAAGCAUGGCCUAUAGCUGUGAAUGUGGCAUGCCGUCUGCUCAUGAUGAUUAGCAUCAUGUACGUUGUUCCUUUUUGGUGAUAUGAAGUCAUUUGAAAUCAGCUGAAGUGUGUGUGCAUACAGAUAUAUGUGUGUAUACAUAAACACAUGUAUAUGCACUUACAUAUGUAUACGUACAUAGAGAUAUACGUAUAGGUAUGCAUAUACACGUAUAUAUAUACUGAGAGGGUCAGCAAGGAGAUUAGAUGUAUACCAUAGCCUUAUACAAUUGUUCAUUGAACCUGGUUUUGGCAUUAGAAUCAUCGAUUUGAAAUUGAGUACCAAAUGAAGAAGGUACCAUUGAUGCUCCUUGAUGUUCUUUGUAUAUCCUCUUUCUUUUUUUUCUUAUUAAAUGGAGUACUGGUAGUGAAUAAGGGAUACCCAGUGCCCCAAAGCUGAAACAUUCAAAGUGCUUUCAGGCCGAGGAGCACAUCCAGUUCCUCAUGUGUCUGCUUUGUGAACCUUGCCUUUAUCACAGCUAAAGAACUAGUUUCAUAUUUUCUACUGUGUCAAUCAGAUGUCAGUGCAGCUUUUGAAGGGUUUCUUGUCUGUGACAGAGAGAUCUUGUUUUCUUACCCAGUCAGUCUAAAUUUGUAAAGACAGUGCAGGUGCUCUCUAUGAAGCACUUGACCUCCAGCCUUCCUUCUUGGUACGGGAAGGUGCCAUUCUUGAGGUCACGUGCUCAAAAUGCAACCUCUUUUUUUUUAAGCUAGCCUUUAGAUAACUUCAACAGCAAUCAGUGCUAUGUAUUAAUUCCAAGAUUAGCUUUAAAAAACCAAGAAAAAACAAAAAGGAGAUGUUCCCUUUCCUAAGGAAAAUAGUUCCUUUUUUUCCCAGCCCAGACUUGUACUACAUCUUUGGAAACUUUUCUUCCCUUGUCCUACUAAUGUAUGUGUAUGUUUUCUCUCAUAUGUGGCUUUGUCCUUAUGAAAUCUAAGAUAAGCUUCAAAUUAGCUACAGAAUUUUCAGGAGCUAGUUGCUCUAAAAUAUCACUUUAUAAACAGAAAUUAACAUUAAAUAUACCGGUCAACAUUUACCAGGUAACAUUUAAAGCAGUUAAUUUAGGUUCAAAACCACUCCUGAAUGGUUGUCUACAGUGUUUGUGUAUCAGAUAAGCUUAAAAUUAAUGUUGUUGGUUCAUCAGUUAGACUGCUUGGUAUGUUUUGGUCCUAUUUUGCUGUGUCUGCUUCUUGUUUUGCCCAAGAAAUUAUGGAAGAAGAUUUUUUUUUCCAGCUGCAUCUUUGUCUCUCUUGGUACUGCCUACCCUGAUAGAGCCCCAUUAACAUAAUGCUUAAAUCAUUUGAUGUGAAUUUUUACUUUGGUACAUAGAGUUCUAAACAACAUUUCUAAGUGAAUGGCACCAUGAAUGGCAAUUCAGCAUAUCAUUCUACCUCUAAAAACCCAUGUUUUUGAUGCCGGGAUUUUGUUGUGUAUCUGGGUCCUAGUUUGUUAGAAUUGAUGUACACUUCAGACUGAUACUUGACUCACCUUUUUUGUUAGAAGUGAGAAUGCAUUAGAUUGACUCAGUGAAAGAAUUAAAAAAAAAUAAGCUUUGGAGAAAGCAAGGGAUUUCCUCUGUGGAAGAAGUGCUCUUUAAAUAUAUAGUUCUGUUACUGAUGGGGAGGAAGGGACAUUGGAAAAAGAGCCACAAUAAGAACCAGUAUCUGACCUCCUGCUAUCUUGCCAAAGCGUGAUAGUACCCCUGUGUGAUGUAAUGAUGAAGUUGGGGGGUGGGGGAGGGCUUCCUCAAUGUUAGUUGGCCCUGGACAGAAAGGAGGGAAAAGCUAUUCCUUCCCAAGAUCUUUCUUCCCCUCUCAUUUAGCUGAGUGUGGUAACAAAGGACUCUUCUCUAAAGGGAUGUGGUGUGGCAGUCUUUGGACUCCAGAUUUUUUUCAGUUUGUUUUGGUCACUUUACACUGCACAAAAAAUGUCACAUACAUCAGUUUAUCAGCUUCAGAAUGCCAAAUAGAGCCUAGACAGGCAAGCUUUGCCCUCAGUGCAUCCUAGCUACCAAGGGUGUGUGCCAAUGGGGCCAUCACCAGCUACUGUGGAAAGGUUUACUCAGAGAGGAGUCUGUGUCCCUUUGAUUUGGGAAGAGGUUUUCAGUGGUAAAAUUGAGGAAGAAAGGUCUAAGAGUCAUAGAAUAGAGGAUAAAUAAACCAGCCCCUCUAGUACCAACUGCCUCCUCCUUCCUCCAACUUCUCAAGGAUGAGCAAUACUUAAUUAACACUGUCCUUUACCCCUACCCCACCCCCCACCAUAGCUGUGCACCAAGGUGUUGUAUUUUUGGUCAAUACAGGGAAUGAUAUCAUUUGAGCUGUGUGAAUUAGUACUUAUGUGCCAAAGAGGUUAACAAUCCAAAUGCCUUCCUAAUGAGGGCUGCCCCUUCUCUUUCCCCAAAGUCUGAAGCCUAAUAUGGCUAUAUUCCUUUUGUUAUUCUUUCUUCCCCCUUCCUCCCCAACCUUACUUUUAUUUCCAGGAGUUUGAAGAAGAGUAGUCUUCUCUAACUGCAAUAACCGUGCAGUGGGACAGAAAAGCUCCAGGAGACAGACAAUGGGUUCUCUGACUUGAAUUUCUAAUUUUUCAUUGUCCACUUUAAAAAAACCUGGUGACAAAAGUCCAUUUUAUUAAGUAAGAAAAUAUGCCGUAAACAGAUUUUCUCCACUGGCUAUCUAUAUGAUUGUCUUGGUGUAGCAUAACUGUACUACUCUGUAUUUUUACCUUUAUACCAUUGUGUCAGAAAUCACAUAGUCAUUCCUCUAUUGCAGGCAGAAGGAGGUGAGAGUGGAGAUGAGUGGGAGGGAAUACCAUGGAUGUUCAAGUUUGCCAUCAGUUUCUCCAAAAAAGCAUUAUUAUCAUUUCCUCUUCCCCUCUCAGAGAGCUAUCUCAUAGAACAAAUAGUACUUUUCUUCUUCUUCUUUUUUUUUUUAAAGAGGGGAAGAUGGAAAUGAUAGUGGGAGAAAAUAUGGUAAUGUAAAAAAAACUGGAAUGAUUGAUAAAAACUUAUUUUAAAAGAUGACAAAACCAUGCUAAUUGAUACUUAUAGCAUCUGAAUAAAGGAUCUGGUUACUUCUUUGAGAUUCCUUUGAAAUUACCCUUGGCAAGUUAAAUACAAUAUCUUUUUUUUUUAAAAGCAUUAUUAUUAUUAUGAAUUAGGUUACUUAUAAGGUUCUUCAAGAUGCUACUGUGGCCAAGCUCAACUCUCACCUUUCUUUUGAUUCAGCAACAGAAAAAACAGCAUGUCUUUAGGGGGACCAUUUUUUUUAGUACAUUUAAGAGAAGUUUCUUUUAGUGUGAAGUCAUAGUACAUCCCAAAUUUUCUAGACAUUUUUGAAGUAGGAGCCAUGUCAUGACCUGUUAUCAGCCCCUUUUCUAUUUCCCUUUCAGAAAGGAGAGGACAGCAAAUAGACCUUGACUAUUGAGGAGCCUGAGUGAGGCUACUUUUUAUCAGGAGUGGCAAGAACUGGAGGAGGCAUGGCAGCACCCUAUUUACCUGGUCAUAGGUGGAAUUUCUAACUCAGGCAGUUGAAUGGAAUAAUAGCUUAGCCUGAAUAACACCCCAGACUUGAAUGACUAGGUAUUGCUAUUUAGAACAUUGACUUGAACUUGGCAACCAUAUAUAAAUGAUGAUUGUUCAAAUCAGAGUUUAUAGGCCCUCUGCAGGAGCUGUUGAAUGGUGUGGGUGUGGGCUCAAGUGGUAGAAAACUCAAGAGAGGGAGAGCUAUUGUUGAGCAAUGUGUAAUUCCUUUCUAUGACUGUGAAAGGUCUUUCCUGCUUGCUCACUUUCCUUGCUUUGGAGGGCAUGAGCAUUGGGAGGAGGAGAGGAUGGAAUUUGUCCCAAAUCUAACUAUAAUUGAUGACUAGGCACAGAGCUACCUGCUGUGGUCCCUUCUCUUUAAUACUGACUUUGCCUCUUCUUCUAAACUAGCUGGGAUGCCAGCCCUAGGGAUCCACCCACCCAUGCCAUCCAUAUCGACUGUCCAUGACAACUAGGCUGUCUUUUCCCUUGGCUUUGCUGAAACUACUUUGCCAGGUCCCUGUGUCUUAUGGGGAAAGUAUGCUCCAAAGUUUUUCAUUAGCUUUCUCACAAUGUACUAGGUUACACCAUUCAUCUCCUCUAACCUCUGUUUCUCCUAAUUUUUAGAGAUGGCAGGAGAUUUUACCAAUCAACUUUUUUUUGGUAACACAAAUCUCUAGUCUCUAAAUCUAUAGCUGGGCAGUGAUAUAUUAUAGCCCCUGUUCCUCUGUCCCUACCAAUGGUCACCUUGUGAAGGGAAUUGAGUACCACCUGACAGUCCAUUGAACCACUCAACAAAACAGGCUGCCCUUUGAUUUAAAGACCAACCUAAGACCGCAGAGCCUACAGUUUCAGGACAUUCAUUGUGCCACGCAUUGGUAGGCAGCAUCUAAAUUGGGCAGGCAGCCCCUCAUGACAGCUGAGUUUCAACAGUGUUUUAAUCCUAUAUGUUAGAAAUAUAUUUUUGGCACAAACACCCAACAUUACUCAGUUUGGCCAAUGAAACUACUCUAGAUCGUGACCAGUGAUAUGAAUAAGCCAGUAAGUCAAUAUUUUAAUCAACACUAAGUAGAAUAUCAGGUUAUUUGUAUAGUGUAGAUGCAGAUUCUAAAUUUAUCUUACGAUGAUGACCAAAAGCAUCACGAAAUCAGCAGGUUCAAGUUGUUGAGGUUUGUUUGUUUGUUUGUUCUUUUAAUGGUGCAAAUUGCUAAAUAUUAACUACUUUUUGAGGCUGUUAUCUAUCCAGACACUUUGAUGCUUCUGGUAGUGUUUUUAAAUGAUGAGUAUAAAGUUCCAGUUGUCUUCUAUUUGAACUAUUGAUAUAAGAUGGCCAGUUGCCCCCUUUUCAAGAAACAAAUUAGCUUGGAUAAACGGAAAACAAAUGGGGCAUAAUGGGGACUAUCUUUUAUUAAAGGAUAUUUUUAAAAAAUGUUAAGUGUUGCUUUUUCCAAAUAUAUUUUUAUUAUUACCAUGGAGGAGGGGAGGGGAAGCCAGGGACCAUAAAAGCAUUUUUUCAAAGUGGACAUGGUUAACAAUUUAAUGUAUUUUAGGCAUUUUUAAAUUAUAAGAAUAUGGGAUCGAUCAAUACUGGCAAAUCAUACUGCAUGCUAUUCUUUUCCAGUCUAUUUCAUAGAAAGAAAUUCCCAAGUUAUAACAGUAUUAAGGAUAUGCCCUAAUGCCAUAAAGGAACUUUAAAAAAUAUCAUGGACACCUAAGAACACAGUUUUAGAUCUGAAUCCUACAGUUUCGAUGCCAAAAAAGUGAAGUGCUGUACUGGCUUAAGUAUUGAAUGCUCUUUCCCUCUCAUUUUUAGCAAAAAAAAAAAAAAUGUAUUGUUAAAAUUGUGGGUGAAGGGUACUACAUAUACACUUGUGCAUAGCUGCCAUUUUGCUUUCACUGGGUAAACCUGGGAACCCAUGCUGCUACAACCUGGUACAUAAUUGCCCUUUUGGUGGGGCCUCUGAAGUAAAAUGAGGUCCAAAUGCUUGACCUCUUAAUAUCCCCUUAGGCAUUUUCCAUUUUUGCUGUUACUAAACAGGGUCAGUAACAUCUUCUGUUGUUUUGGUCAAGCCUGAGUAACUACUACCAACAACUGAAACAGCUGUAAGGAGACAAGUACAGGAGAAAAACACUCCGUUCUUUCCUGUCUCCUUCAAAAUGGUGGGUAAGAAAAAUAAUGUUGGGUGUGGGGGGAAGGAGUGACAGUCAAUAUGGUAAACUUGGCCCACAUAGCUGUGACAUUCCUUGUAUAACAAACCAGCAUCUCUGAACAGCGAUGUUUUGAGGCCCCCUGUACCCAAGUGAUCUUGGUCAUGUCCAAGUGACAUUAUCCAUUGUACUUCAUAUGUGCCUGUCAGUUGUGAAUGCAUUUGGGAAGAUAUAUACAUAUAAUAUAUCCCCUUGAAAUAAAUUUCUGCCAGCAAACUUUUGGAUCCAGAUUUUAACUGUUUCAGUAGAGAGAUAAAAAUUCUAUUUAGGUUGUUAUCAACUGACCAGCUGUCCAAACUGUGUACUGUAUUGCUCAUUUCUGACUUAAAAAAAAUGUUUUUAAAACCCACUAAGAUCAGAAGAGUAGGGAAAUUCCUCACAGAAAAGUUGUGGGGGUUUUGUUUGUUUCUUUGUUUUUCCUCUCUACCCCUGCUACCAAUAAACCAAAACAAAAGCUGUGAAAACUUGUGAGCUUGGGAGAGCAUGUGUAUAGAUUAGCUGUGAGCAUGAUUCAAACAAUGGAGUGGUUUGUUUGCUGUAGAUAUCACACUUCAAACAGGGUGCCCCCCUUUUCUUUGUUACCAACACCAUGGAUGUAAAGUUGUUUUGUUUACUUUCCAAUGCUGGCACUAAUGUGUUGGUUCACCUUUUUUCAUAUAUCUGUGUAUAGACCUAUUCUGUUUAUUGUUUACUAUGGGAUUAGUAUUAUACUUUGAGGUAAAAAAAAUCAUUUGUAUUGCCUGAUGAAAACUAUUAGCUUGUAAAUUUUUUUUAAAGUUUCUUUACCUCAAUUAAUUUAAAGGAAUGGACCAAUAAACAUAUAA